CCAGAGAGAGCGCCCGCUGCGCGAUCCCGCCCGCCGUGCCAUUGAAGUCCUCCCAUCUCUCCCUCCCUCGUCGCCAUCAUCCUCCCCAGGCCCAUCUGGUCGCCCGUUCCCGCCUCCUACCACGCCCGGCCGCACGCCCUCGCAGGCGCACCCAACCCCAUCCCGCCCGCGACCUCCCUCGUCGCUCAUCUACCCUCCGCCCGUCGCACAUAGACACGAACGAUUGCCCGACACGCAAUGUCGCCGCGACGCUCAUCGCGGGCCCGUACCACCCAGCCUCCGCCCAGUGGCGCAUCGCACAGCAACUCGUCGUCUUCCGUCUCAUCAGCGCGUACCGAGCGUGCGUCACGAACCAACACCAAGCAGACGUCACCACCAAAGUCGUCGACUCCACACUCGCUCUCCUCGGAAGAGCCCGAGGAGCCCUCUCACGAUGCACAGCCCGAGCCGCCCUUGACACGCCGCCGAACACGCGAGCACGACAAUGACGAGGACGAGCCCACCAAGCUCGACGACGAGCUCGAAGACGACAUAGCAGAAGAAGACGAAGUCACCCGAUGCAUCUGUGGCUAUCAAGAUUACCCAGGCCUGCCAUCCGACACACUCAAGGCUGGCAUGUCUCUAGCUGAUUUAGAGGCGCAAGCUGACGAGCUCGGUGGUCUUUUCAUCCAAUGCGAUGUCUGCAAGGUAUGGCAGCACGGCGGAUGCGUGGGCAUUAUGGACGAAGCUGCCAGCCCAGACGAAUACUUUUGCGAGGAGUGCAGAAAAGACCUCCACAAGGUUUCGACAAGUCCGAAAGGUCAAAAAUACUCCCGCUAUCUCCCCGUCUACGACCAGCAACAUGGCAAGCAUCGCAAGUCAUCAGUCUCCAAAGAAUCCGAGGGCAACUCGGCCAAGGACAAGGAUCGAAACAACAGAGCAAGCGUGGAUUCCUUUGGCAAGCGUAGGUCGACUAUGAAUAGUCGAGCCGCGUACGACGAAGAUGAGGUGCUACGAAAGGUGCUCGAAGAAAGCAGACACGAGGGUGGCACAACUUCGGAGAACGGAAACCGGAAGAAGCGAAGUCGCGACGAUAGCGAAGAAACAAAGCCAGAAAUCAAACGGCAGCGCACAGGUUCGCGCUCUCCAAGCAAUUCGCCAGUUUUGGAGUCCGAAGACGACAGCACAAAGGCCUCAGCGCCAAAACAGAAGCCACGCGGAGCUGCAGCGAAGAGCCAGCGGGAAAAGGAACAGCGCGACAAGGAGCGCGAAAACCAACGCAAUGAAGCCGCAAAUAGGCGCAAAGGGCGCGCCGAGCGAAGAAAGGGCGACGAACUCGAAGAUUCAGAGCCCACACCCACACCCGCCGCUGAAGAACAUAUGAUGCCUCCACAAGCGACCGAAGCUACGCCGCCCGAGCCGCCUGCUGCUGAACCCAAAUCUGCGCCUGCCCCACGAAGAGGCGGUCGCCCUCCCCAAAAGGCCCGUGGCCGGCUUGGGCGAAACCAAUAUUCGAGAGACACCGUCUCUGCCACUAAUGGCACUUCACCCAAGAACGAUGUGGCCCAGUCACCACAGGCAACCACUACAAACGGCGCGAGCAAUGGCCACGAUAGUAGCGACGGUGUAGCGGGCAACAAACCCACCAAGACAAAGAACUGGCGCUUGCAAAAACUCUCUUGGAACGACAUACGAAGGCCAGCAGGAGCUAUGCAGAGCUACAUUGCGCAGCGACAGGUCGAGAUGGCCACAGCCGAAAAACACGUUAGUCUCGCGCCUGCUGUGCAACUCACAACAGCCACAACCAACGGCGACGGCAAAGACGAUGACGCAGAUUUGGCCAAGUUCAAGGACCUCAGCACAACCCAGAUGAUGGACUUUUUGAGCAGAGACCUCGUACACUGGCAACAGAUGAUAUCAGAGCCCAUGGACAAGUCACCGAGACCAUGACUUCCUCCCCUUUCCUUUUUUCUUAUACUAUGACUAUUGCGGCGUAUUUUUGGGGGAAACAAAGCCACCACUGCAAAUGGGCAUAUGGGCGAGCAUAUUCCUUUCCUUCCACCCUUCUAGAAAGGCGUUUUUUGUCCUUUUCGGGUGUGGUCUGCAUCUGUUUUUUUCUUGCUCGCGACACGGAUACCCUCCACUUUGUGAUUGUCUCUUUUUUUCUUUUUUGCGCGACGCGACGCGCUGGAGGAAAACUGGUGCGUCGAACUGGUCUUCUUUUUUUCUACUGUUCAAUUGUAACCUACGACUCUCAUUCCUAUGGGACCUCUUUUUUCCUUUUUCUAUUGAUGUAAACCUGUAUGUAGGGUGUGUCCUAUCUGAACUUCAAUUCAAAACUUUUUGAAUGUUUGGGGGGAUUAAAAAAACACUAUGUUGAAAAUGCCGGGAGGAAGGGGUGGGGAAACUUG